AGUCCCCGAAAUAGUGCAAGUCUGUCUUGUACGUGUCUCUCGCUCUUAACGUUAAUCAAAGUCAGUUAUACUGAAGAGGGACGUUAAUCGCAACCAACUGAAGUUCUCUAUUUAGCGGGUACUAUGACCCGGCCUAUGCAGCCCUUCAUUGGCUUGAUAAUAUGGAUUCUGACCUUUGCUACAUCCCCCAUCUUCGUCAAUGCCGAUUACUGCAACAAAACGAUCGAGAUAAGAACUAACAAAACUGCACCAUGUACAAUGAACACAGUGCUACCGCUGUUACAAACCGGCUACACCAUUGACUUUAAUUUAACAGCGACGACCCAUCAGACCACAGUGGAUGCAAUUUCUGGCCUCAUCGCCAAGAAUGAUCCGACAAAUAUUUGUUAUUUUUACAAGCUUGAUCACGCUAAUCGUCAAGAAUGUUGUGCCGGAUAUAUCGGCGACAAAUGUGACGAACCAACGUGUUCUCCGGCUUGUUCAAAUGGAGGUAAUUGCUCCGCAGCAAAUACUUGCUCGUGUCUUGCUGGUUUCAAGGGCAGUUUCUGUGAAGAAGAGGUCUCAGCGGUAACUUCCUCUCGUCAGUACUGUUAUACAUCAGAAUUGGGUUGUAAAGGGGUGAAAGUUGGAGGUAACAACGAACCAGUAGCAUUCGAAGAUUGCUGCAAAGCGGGCUCCUCUGGUAACUUUUGGGGAAACAGCUGGGAACCUGCUGUCUGUAAACCCUGCCUCACAGGCAAUGUGAAGAUUGUAAACCAAACAGCUGGAUUGAAAUUCAAGAGUUGUUUAGCCUCUGGUGACUCCCUCUAUAGAACAUUUGACGGUGUUUAUUUCAACUACAAGUCAACAUGUGAAGUCACCUUGGCGAAAACCAACGACUUUACUGUGACGGCAUCUACAGACUGCAAUGCUGAAUCAAUCUGCCAGAAGAAAAUCAAAAUCACCGAUGUUGUAAAUAGUGCUACAUUCUCUUACGUGGAUGGUCAAGUGUAUAUUAAUUCCGUCAAAUGUCCCGUAACACAAGAAGAACCUUAUUCCGACUCACUUGUCAAUGUUGUUCGAUCUGGUGACUCGAUUUACAUCAAACAUUCAUCCGGUUCUACUGGACUUACCGUUCGAGUUGACAAAGACGGCGCUGCCUACGUCACACUGAGCAGAACAGGUCUUAUUGGAAGUGGUGGUGUAACUGGUAUGUGUGGAGACUUCGAUGGUGAUACAUCAGACGAGGCUGAUCUCUCCGCUGAUGGAUUCAAAGCUAAAGCUAUGGGAGAUUCGCAAUUAGUAGCCGGUGGUACAUGUGGUCAAGCUUUACCCGAAUGUUCCGAAACUCAACUAUCAGUAGCCGCACAAGAAUGUUCAUACCUGAAGUCUAGCAUGUUCGCUUCGUGCCACGGAGUUGUCGAUGUCAAUUCCUAUUUUGAAAUGUGCAAAGAAGCUUACUGUGCAGCUGCUGUAGCCAGUGAGGCGUCAGCCAAAGAAGCUCGUUGUAACAGAUUUAAGAUGUAUGCAACCGAAUGUGCUAAUAAUGAAAUCGUCAUCAGUUGGAGAUCACCGCUCUUGUGUCCGAUUGUGUGCCCAGCCGGUAUGGACUACAGUCAAUGUGGAAGUUCAUGUCCUCGCGGAUGUGGAAAUUACUUUGCUUCUUUGAACAAAGAUGAAUGUGGUCGAUGUGUACCUGGUUGCCAAUGUAAGCCUGGUCUGGUCUUACACAAUGGCGCAUGCGUAACAGCAGAUAAAUGCUCUUGUAAAUACCAGAAACAAGACUACAACUAUAAUCAAACCGUAGUCUCCGAAAACAACUGUCAAACAUGCACUUGUGGUCUCUAUGGAUAUUGGAAUUGCGUAAGCAGACCAUGCAGCGCUACCUGUGAAAUUGUUGGAGUUGGUUCUAUGAAGACUUUUGAUGGAGCAUCUAUUCAUAUUGGAGCUACUACGUCUACUUGUAAAUUCACCCUUGUACAGGGAGCCGACCUUGAAAUAUCGUUAGAUACAACUAAAUGCGUCAGUGGAAUAAAUGCUGUCUGUAUUAAGGGCGUGAAAGUUGUUUAUAAAGGUCAAGCUGUAGAAUUGAAAAAUAUAGAUUCCUCAACACGACUCAUCACCAGCUCAAGUGACAACACACCAAUGCCUUUCUCUGUUGGUAACUUCUACAUUAAGAAGGUCACCAACUUGUACUACGUUAUUGAAGGUCCAAAUGUUCGAGUCCUUUUUAGUGAUGCUGGUCGAUUAACAAUACGAUUACAACCGGCGUAUGUAAAUCAAACUGCUGGUGCAUGUGGGAAAUUUAAUUACCAAUUCAAUGACGAAUUUGAGCUACCCUCAGGCGGUGCUGGUACAUCCAGUGAAUUUCUCCAAGCCUAUUCUGAUGGCAACUGCGGCGCUCAUUUUGAUAUAAGCACUGCCACCAAGACAUCAUCUGCUAUGUGUAACGAGUUAGAUACAAUGUUUACUGUGAGCACAUGUAGUAACACCCAACCGACAGACCGCGUUUCCGGUUUAAAGGAACUCUGUGAAAUAUCAGCAGAUCCAUUAAACGUCUGUCCAAUCGCUUUUGCCCUGAUGGGAGACUGUGGUGUUACCAAGGAACAAUUUGAAGCACAAACAAAUCUGUACGCCAAGUGUAGUCAAUACUUUACUUGCGAAAGUGGAUAUAUCUUUGAAAAUUGUCAAUCGGUCUGUAAAAGUGCAUGCCGUGAUUAUGCCUUGUCCACAACAUGCAUGGAACAAUGUGUACCUGGUUGUUCAUGCCCAAGUGGUGAUCGGCAAACUGACAGCUUAUCUGGAAUGAACAGCUGCGCAACACAAGCUAGUUGUACUUGCUAUGACAUUGCCAGCAAUGAGGUCACGGCUGCCGGUACAUCUACACAAAGAGGCUGCCAGGAAUGUACCUGUUCCAACGCAACUUUAUCAUGCGUCGACUCUCAAUGUACAGAUGUAAUAUGUUCUUCUGGUUUGGAAAAAGUAGAUGCUACCCCAACUGAAUGCAGACCACGAUGUCCAAACAAAUUUGAAGCUAAUUCUACAUGUGCCGAGCAGACAUCUCUAACAUCAAGACGAUGCUUUUGUCCCGUUGGACAAUGGGAAAAUUUGGAAGGAAAAUGUAUAGCCCCUGAAACAUGUCCCUGUUAUCAUAUGGGUAACUGGUAUGAACAUAACAGAGCUAUUGAUUAUAACUGCAAGACACUACAAUGUAACAACGGUGUUUGGAGUCAGACGGCUGUACAAGAAUGUUCAUCAACUUGUUGGGCAUCUGGAGAUCCCCAUUACUCCACUUUUGAUGGCAAAACAUUCAAAUACCAAGGAGAUUGUACUUACAACUUCGUUAAAACUACCACCGAAUCACCUGUUCCUGUUCAAUUUGAUAUCAAAGUUGAAAAUGUUGUCUGUGGUUCCACUGGAGUGUCAUGUACUAAAGCUAUCACAAUUAACGUGAAUGACACAUUGAUUACAAUGACACGUGGUGAAGAUAUAAAGAUUGGAACAACACCAUACACACCAGCCAUGGGAUUCCAGCAAUUUUCUAUUAUUACUAUCUACAACGCUGGUCUCUUCACAUUUGUUGAUUUUGAAGGUGUCACUGCUAUGUGGGACGGAGGAACCAGAUUCGCCGUAACCUUGACCAGUGCAUGGAAGGGUAAAGUUAAGGGUCUUUGUGGUAACUUUGAUGGUAAUAUUGACAAUGAUUUUACCACUGAAACUGGAACGCUUGCAGCAAAUGAAGUUGAAUUUGGAAACUCAUGGAAGGCCGGAAGUUGUGGAGAUGUUACUGAAGCACCACAAUUACAAGAAGCCUGCAUGACUGUUGAUAACGUACCUAGUCCACGAACAACUUGGGCUAAGAACCAAUGUGAAGUUAUUCUUACCGGUCUGGUCUUUGAGAAUUGCCGAAAUGUCUUAAAUGAUGAAGUCAACAAAUAUUAUACCGAUUGUUUGUAUGAUGCCUGUGGAUGUGACCGAGGUGGUGAUUGUGAGUGUUUGUGUACAGCCAUAAGUAACUUUGCUGAAGCCUGUAACCGUGCUGGUCAACCAGCCAGAUGGAGACAUCAACGUCUAUGUCCAAUUCAGUGUGAGUACGGCAGUGUGUACAAACCAUGUGGCUCCGCAUGCCCAAAAACAUGUAUGGAUCCUUACGGUACCAAGUAUGGAUCGUUCUGUGUACAGACAACAUGUGUUGAAGGUUGUUUCUGUCCCACCGACUACGUCAUGCAAGCUGGAAGUGAAGUUAAAUGUAUUCCACAAACCGAAUGCCCAUGUACAUACCAGGGAGUAACAUAUAACAAUGGUGACGUAAUCACACAGGAUUGCAUGAAAUGUACCUGUGUUGGUAGUACGUUCAGUUGUGAUGGAGCAAACUGUACCCGUGAAUGUACAGGAGAUGAAUUCAAGUGUCAACAGGAUGGAUACUGUGUAUCCAAAACCCUUCUAUGUAAUGGUAUCCCAAAUUGUAAUGACAGAUCAGAUGAAGUUGAUUGUGUCAAAGAAUGCUCUACCGACGAAUUUGAGUGUUACGUCAAUGGCCAGUGUAUACCUCAAAAUAAUACUUGUAAUGGUAUCAGCAAUUGCGAGGACGGAAGUGACGAAUACAAUUGUGCUCAAACUCGCACCUGUUCCGGUUCCGAAUUUACCUGUACCAAUGGAAAAUGUAUUCCAAAGGCCUUUAAUUGUGACGCUGCUAAUGAUUGUGGCGAUUUUUCAGAUGAACAAAAUUGUCAACAAUGUAAUGAAGGUGAAGUUAUGUGCUCAGCCACACCUUUAAUGUGUAUUGCCAACAGACUUUUAUGUGAUGGACAUGACGACUGUGGGGAUGGUACAGACGAAAUCGGAUGCACAACACCAACGGGCAUGACAACAACCAAAGUAUGUGACAAGAUAAAUCUUGAUGCUUCCACACCUGAUUUAUUAUUGGUCGGACGAAUCAACAGUACCUCACAGCCCUCCGUCACCCAAGCUCUCAAACCCAGUGGUUCAAACACAUCCACCGUUUGGAAUCCAACCGUUGGUGUGACAGCUCAGUCAGUCAUAACCCUACAGAUUGAGCUCGCCGUUCCACCGGAAACCCUCUGGACUGUUUACGAAGUUAGAGUAUCCAUCCGAAAUGCUGCUAGUGUGACCAUCGAAUACACUAUCACCGCUGGCUCAUUUAUAAAACCACAAUCCCGUGAACCAAACCCUGGAAAAGAUUUCAUCACCACAUACAGCACACCUAGUGGUAUGGAUGUUUCCAGGAUUGUGAUCUACAUUACACCGGAAUCGAACGCAACCAGUAUCAGUGUUUGGGAUCUUUCAUUGGUCGCCUGUUAUGAAGGACUUACAACCCUGCCAACGCCAAGCACCACUCCAAUGGAAACAACAACUGGCGGUACAGAAACUACAACUGGUAUUACUUCCACCGUCGUUUCAACCGUUUCAACAACAGAACCCUGUUCAUCAACUCAGUAUUACUGUAACAGUGUUCAAAUCUGUAUUAUGAUGAAUCAAACAUGCGAUGGUGUAUGUGACUGUCAAAUUCCAUCUUCAACUGAAUGUGAAGAUGAAACAUUGCCAACCUGUGUCACUACCACAUCAACUAGUACCGAAGCCACAACAACUGAAGCUACAACCAAACCAUGUUCCGACACACAAUUCUACUGUAACAGUGACAUGACUUGCAUCGACAUUAGUGAAUUAUGUGAUGGAAAUGUGGAUUGCUCGGGAGGCGAAGACGAGAUGAGCUGUUCAACAACCCCGGUACCAUCAACACCUGCUGUUUGUGCUAAAGUUGAGGGUAUGAGCGACCCACUUCUUGUACCAGUUGGAAGUAUAGCCGCUGUCGGCGUAUCAAAUAUUGACGAUCUGAGACCAGAAGGUCCUGUAGCUACAUUCCCUGGAAAUAAACCCAUUGAAAUAACCGUGGAUCUGUCACCAAACAGUGAAGAUGUCAUUGAGGUUGGAUCAGUACGAUUAACAAAUGCAUCUAAUGUAGCCUCUUUCACUGUUCAGAUCAUUGAUGCCAACGACACAACAUCAGAACCAACACCAGUCGGCGAUUCAAUCAAUACUGGAAAAAGCCCGGUCGUUUACUUCGAAGCUGGUACUGUAGCCAAGGUACUUAUCAUAACAGUGUCACCAAAUAACAGUUCCCUUGAAGUAGAGUUUGAUGUGGAUAUUAGAGCCUGCUUUGAAGAAACGGCUGGACCUGCAGCUACGUCACCAACUGGACCAGGUACAUCACCAACUGGACCGGCUACAUCACCUGUAUGUACUGACAUAGAAGGCAUGGCAGAUCCUUUGUACGUACCAACUAGCAGUAUUACGGCUGAUGGAUUAAACAAUCUUGACGAUCUAAGACCUGGAGGAACUCUUGCUACUUUCCAAGGGAAUCAACCGAUAGUAAUUACUGUUGAUAUGUCGCCGAACAAUGAUGAAGCUAUUGAAGUUAAAUCUGUUGGAUUAAACAAUGCCUCUAAUGUUGGAAAUAUAGUUGUUAAGAUUGUAGAUGCUACUGGCGCUGAACAAACACCAACACCCCUUGGAGAUUCUGUUUUAACUGGUGAAAAUCCUGUUCUGAACUUCCCGGCCGGAACAGUAGCCAGGAUCGUCAACAUAACAGUGACACCAAGCGAUGAGAAUAAUACUGUCUCAUUUGACGUCGAUAUCAGAGCCUGUUUUGAAGAAACAGCAGGCCCGCCACGAAUAACGUCCGCAACUGUUCCACCUCAACGAGAAUCCCCAACUGCUCCAACUGGGCCAACUCAACCAGUACCACCCACAUCACCUACAGCUGUAUGUACUGAACUUGAGGGUAUGAAAAGUCCUCUAUAUGUACCAACUAGCAGUAUCAAAGCUGAUGGAUUAACCAAUCUUGACGAUCUAAGACCUGGAGGAACUCUUGCUACUUUCCAAGGGAAUCAACCGAUAGUAAUUACUGUUGAUAUGUCGCCGAACAAUGAUGAAGCUAUUGAAGUUAAAUCUGUUGGAUUAAACAAUGCCUCUAAUGUUGGAAAUAUAGUUGUUAAGAUUGUAGAUGCUGCUGGCGCUGAACAAACACCAACACCUCUUGGAGAUUCUGUUUUAACUGGUGAAAAUCCUGUUCUGAACUUCCCGGCUGGAACAGUAGCCAGUAUCGUCACCAUAACAGUGACCCCAGCCGAUGAGAAUAGUACUGUCUCAUUUGACGUCGAUAUCAGAGCCUGUUUUGAAGAAACAGCAGGACCGCCACGAAUAACAUCCCCAACUGGUCCAACUGGUCCAACUCAACCAGUACCACCCACAUCACCUACAGCUGUAUGUACUGAACUUGAGGGUAUGAAAAGUCCUCUAUAUGUACCAACUAGCAGUAUCAAAGCUGAUGGAUUAACCAAUCUUGACGAUCUAAGACCUGGAGGAACUCUUGCUACUUUCCAAGGGAAUCAACCGAUAGUAAUUACUGUUGAUAUGUCGCCGAACAAUGAUGAAGCUAUUGAAGUUAAAUCUGUUGGAUUAAACAAUGCCUCUAAUGUUGAAAAUAUAGUUGUUAAGAUUGUAGAUGCUACUGGCGCUGAACAAACACCAACACCACUUGGAGAUUCUCAGUUAGGUGGGUCGAACCCCGUUGUGAAUUUGCCACUUGGAACUGAAGCCCGAGUCGUCAUCAUAACAGUGACUCCAGUCAAUGAGAAUAAUAGUGUAACAUUUGACGUCGAUAUCAGAGCUUGUUUUGAAGAAACGGCUGGACCAGUUGGCACAUCACCAACGGCACCAAGCACAACACCUCGCUGUAUACUGACUGAGGGAAUGGACAAUCCCUCAAUCUUGCCAACAGAAUAUCUUGAACAACCGAUAGAAGUUCCAUCCUCAAAUAAUCCGGAAGAUCUGAGACCUGGCGGAAGUCCAUAUGUAUUGGGUGCUUCGACUACGCCAGUCCAAAUCACUAUAAAAUUAGCAGACACCCCAGUCGAUCUGGCUGAAGUAGUAUUACCUACAUACAAAAAUGUAAAAUCAUUCACAGUAACUGGAAACACGUCAACAGAAACAAAUGUGCCACUGGUACCUACGGAUCCUGAUUCUACUGAUGGUUCUCUGCAAUUCCCACCCGGAACGGAAGUUACCUCAAUUACUAUAAUACUUACACCGGAAAACAAUUCAUUACCAAUGGAAAUUGAUGUCAGUAUCCAUGCUUGUUUCGAAGUUACAACUGGAACAACAGGAAUAACAUCAACUGUUUGUGCCGAGGUUAAAGGUAUGGAGGACCCUGCUAUUAUUCCAACUUCCAGUAUAACAGCACCAGGCGUUUCCAAUCCCGAAAACCUUAGACCAGGAACUGCAACCACAGCUACAUUCCCUGCCCAAACUUCGCCAAUUAGUGUAACAAUCGAUUUGGCACCCAUCACUGAUGAAACGGUAGAAAUUAAAUCAGUGGAACUUGUAUCACCACAGAAUGUAGGAUCUAUCAGGGUAUUUGUAAUUGCAACUGGUGGUUCAGAAACAGAAGCAACUUAUUUGACUGUAACUGAUUUAUCAGCACCCACUCCUAAAGCUACCUUCCCUGCUGGUACGGAAGCUGCAAAAAUCAGAGUCGAAGUAACCCAAACCAAUAACGAUUCCGAAACUAGUUUCUCUCUUGAUGUAAGAGCAUGUUUCGAAGAAACAAGUGUGUUCGGCACAUCACCCACUGAAGCAGGAACAUCGCCCACUGAAGCAGGAACAUCUCCUACAGUUGGAACAACUACACCACGGUGUCUCGUGACAGAAGGAAUGGCAAGUCCAACAGUUAUACCAGCUGAAUACCUUGAACAACCAUCUGGAUUCCCAUCGACAGAUGAUCCAGAGAAUCUGAGACCAGGUGGUGAUCAAUUUACAAUUAACCCAUCGGAUGCUCCUACCAACGUCACAUUUAAACUUACUGAUGAUGUUGAGCCCGUUGAUCUGUCAGAAGUAAAACUUCCUGCCAAUGACAAUGUGCAAACAUUUAGAGUAUUUGGACGAACGGGACCUUCAGCACCAUGGACACUACUUGAAUCUACUGAUGUAAGUACAUGGUCAUGGUCAAACCAAUACAAUUUUUUCUUUUCAAUUUAUAAGAAUGAUACCACUGAUGAUUCUCUUAAAUUCCCACCUGAAGUCGUUGUCACAGAGAUUAUGGUUGAAAUAACACCAACGGAUUCGGACAAACCAGUGACGAUUGAUGUUAGUGUGCACGCCUGUUUUGUAGUUACAACUGGCACAGAAGGAACAUCACCAACAGCACCCGAAACUUCGCCAACUGCACCCGGAACUUUGCCAACUGCGCCGGAACCACCAGGAACUUCCCCAACUGCACCCGGAACUUCCCCAACUGCACCCGGAACUUCACCGACUGCGCCUGGAACUUCUCCCACAGUUGGAACAAAAACACCACGAUUUUGUGCCGAGGUUAAAGGUAUGGAGGACCCUGCUAUUAUACCCGCUUCCAGUAUAACAGCACCGGGCGUUUCCAAUCCCGAAAACCUUAGACCAGGAAGUGCAACCACAGCUACUUUCCCUGCCCAAUCUUCACCAAUUAGUGUAACAAUCGAUUUGACACCCAUCACUGAUGAAACGGUAGAAAUUAAAUCAGUGGAACUUGUAUCACCACAGAAUGUAGGAUCUAUCAGGGUAUUUGUAAUUGCAACUGGUGGUUCAGAAACAGAAGCAACUUAUUUGACUGCAACUGAUUUAUCAGCACCCAUUCCUAAAGCUACCUUCCCUGCUGGUACGGAAGCUGCACAAAUCAGAGUCGAAGUAACCCAAACCAAUAACGAUUCCGAAACAAGUUUCUCUCUUGAUGUUAGAGCAUGUUUCGAAGAAACAAGUGUGUCCGGCACAUCACCCACUGAAGCAGGAACAUCACCCACUGAAGCAGGAACAUCUCCUACAGUUGGAACAACUACACCACGGUGUCUUGUGACAGAAGGAAUGGCAAGUCCAACAGUUAUACCAGCUGAAUACCUUGAACAACCAUCUGGAUUCCCAUCGACAGAUGAUCCAGAGAAUCUGAGACCAGGUGGUGAUCAAUUUACAAUUAACCCAUCGGAUGCUCCUACCAACGUCACAUUUAAACUUACUGAUGAUGUUGAGCCCGUUGAUCUGUCAGAAGUAAAACUUCCUGCCAAUGACAAUGUGCAAACAUUUAGAGUAUUUGGACGAACGGGACCUUCAGCACCAUGGACACUACUUGAAUCUACUGAUAAUGAUACCACUGAUGAUUCUCUUAAAUUCCCACCUGAAGUCGUUGUCACAGAGAUUAUGGUUGAAAUAACACCAACGGAUUCGGACAAACCAGUGACGAUUGAUGUUAGUGUGCACGCCUGUUUUGUAGUUACAACUGGCACAGAAGGAACAUCACCAACAGCACCCGAAACUUCGCCAACUGCACCCGGAACUUCGCCAACUGCGCCGGAACCACCAGGAACUUCCCCAACUGCACCCGGAACUUCCCCAACUGCACCCGGAACUUCACCGACUGCGCCUGGAACUUCUCCCACAGUUGGAACAAAAACACCACGAUUUUGUGCCGAGGUUAAAGGUAUGGAGGACCCUGCUAUUAUACCCGCUUCCAGUAUAACAGCACCGGGCGUUUCCAAUCCCGAAAACCUUAGACCAGGAAGUGCAACCACAGCUACUUUCCCUGCCCAAUCUUCACCAAUUAGUGUAACAAUCGAUUUGGCACCCAUCACUGAUGAAACGGUAGAAAUUAAAUCAGUGGAACUUGUAUCACCACAGAAUGUAGGAUCUAUCAGGGUAUUUGUAAUUGCAACUGGUGGUUCAGAAACAGAAGCAACUUAUUUGACUGCAACUGAUUUAUCAGCACCCAUUCCUAAAGCUACCUUCCCUGCUGGUACGGAAGCUGCACAAAUCAGAGUCGAAGUAACCCAAACCAAUAACGAUUCCGAAACAAGUUUCUCUCUUGAUGUUAGAGCAUGUUUCGAAGAAACAAGUGUGUCCGGCACAUCACCCACUGAAGCAGGAACAUCACCCACUGAAGCAGGAACAUCUCCUACAGUUGGAACAACUACACCACGGUGUCUUGUGACAGAAGGAAUGGCAAGUCCAACAGUUAUACCAGCUGCAUACCUUGAACAACCAUCUGGAUUCCCAUCGACAGAUGAUCCAGAGAAUCUGAGACCAGGUGGUGAUCAAUUUACAAUUAACCCAUCGGAUGCUCCUACCAACGUCACAUUUAAACUUACUGAUGAUGUUGAGCCCGUUGAUCUGUCAGAAGUAAAACUUCCUGCCAAUGACAAUGUGCAAACAUUUAGAGUAUUUGGACGAACGGGACCUUCAGCACCAUGGACACUACUUGAAUCUACUGAUAAUGAUACCACUGAUGAUUCUCUUAAAUUCCCACCUGAAGUCGUUGUCACAGAGAUUAUGGUUGAAAUAACACCAACGGAUUCGGACAAACCAGUGACGAUUGAUGUUAGUGUGCACGCCUGUUUUGUAGUUACAACUGGCACAGAAGGAACAUCACCAACAGCACCCGAAACUUCGCCAACUGCACCCGGAACUUCGCCAACUGCGCCGGAACCACCAGGAACUUCCCCAACUGCACCCGGAACUUCCCCAACUGCACCCGGAACUUCACCGACUGCGCCUGGAACUUCUCCCACAGUUGGAACAAAAACACCACGAUUUUGUGCCGAGGUUAAAGGUAUGGAGGACCCUGCUAUUAUACCCGCUUCCAGUAUAACAGCACCGGGCGUUUCCAAUCCCGAAAACCUUAGACCAGGAAGUGCAACCACAGCUACUUUCCCUGCCCAAUCUUCACCAAUUAGUGUAACAAUCGAUUUGGCACCCAUCACUGAUGAAACGGUAGAAAUUAAAUCAGUGGAACUUGUAUCACCACAGAAUGUAGGAUCUAUCAGGGUAUUUGUAAUUGCAACUGGUGGUUCAGAAACAGAAGCAACUUAUUUGACUGCAACUGAUUUAUCAGCACCCAUUCCUAAAGCUACCUUCCCUGCUGGUACGGAAGCUGCACAAAUCAGAGUCGAAGUAACCCAAACCAAUAACGAUUCCGAAACAAGUUUCUCUCUUGAUGUUAGAGCAUGUUUCGAAGAAACAAGUGUGUCCGGCACAUCACCCACUGAAGCAGGAACAUCACCCACUGAAGCAGGAACAUCUCCUACAGAUAAAUCUAGAUACUUGGAACAACUACACCACGGUGUCUUGUGA